GCUGGUGGCGGUAAUGCACCGUUAACGUUGGAUGCCAACCGCCGUUAAACCCCAUCGAAGAAGAGCCACACACAGCGGAGCAGGGAGAGAGGUCGUUCCUGCGGAGGUAACCAUGGCAAUGACGGGCCAGAGUUCCUGCUCCUCGAUGAGUAAUCACACCAAGGAACGUGUGACCAUGGCCAAGGUGACCCUGGAGAACUUCUACAGCAACCUCAUCGCUCAACAUGAGGAGAGAGAGAUGAGGCAGCAGAAGUUGGAAAAGGUGAUGGAUCAAGAGGGCUUGGUUGAUGAAGAGAAGCGUAUCCGGCGCUCCCAACACGCCAGGAAAGAGACUGAGUUCCUGCGUCUCAAACGAACCCGCCUGGGGCUGGAGGACUUCGAGUCCCUCAAGGUGAUUGGCCGAGGAGCUUUCGGAGAGGUGCGUCUGGUGCAGAAGAAGGACACAGGCCACGUGUACGCUAUGAAGAUCCUCCGCAAGGCCGACAUGCUGGAGAAGGAGCAGGUGGGCCACAUCCGUGCUGAGAGGGACAUCUUGGUAGAGGCUGACAGUCUGUGGGUGGUUAAGAUGUUCUACAGCUUCCAGGACAAGAUGAACCUCUACCUCAUCAUGGAGUUCCUGCCUGGCGGUGACAUGAUGACCCUGCUAAUGAAGAAGGAUACUCUGACAGAGGAGGCCAGUCAGUUCUACAUCGCUGAGACAGUGCUAGCCAUCGACUCCAUCCACCAGUUGGGCUUCAUUCACAGAGACAUCAAACCUGACAACCUGCUACUUGACUCCAGGGGCCAUGUGAAGCUGUCUGACUUUGGUCUUUGCACAGGUCUGAAGAGGGCGCAUCGUACCGAGUUCUACAAGAACCUGAAUCAUAGCCUCCCCAGUGACUUCAGUAAGCAAACAUUCAAUAACAUGAACUCAAAGAGGAAAGCAGAGACAUGGAAGAGGAACCGGAGACAGCUGGCCUUCUCUACUGUGGGCACCCCUGACUACAUCGCCCCCGAAGUCUUCAUGCAGAACGGAUACAACAAGCUCUGUGAUUGGUGGAGCCUUGGAGUCAUCAUGUAUGAGAUGCUGAUAGGCUAUCCCCCGUUCUGCUCAGAGACCCCCCAGGAGACCUACAGGAAGGUGAUGAACUGGCAAGAAACACUGACUUUUCCCCCUGAAGUGCCCAUUUCGGAGAAAGCUAAGGACCUCAUCCUCAGGUUCUGCUGUGAGGAGGAGCACAGGAUUGGAGCCACUGGAGUGGAGGACAUUAAAGGCAACGCCUUCUUUGAGGGGGUGGACUACGACCACAUCAGAGAGCGACCCGCUGCCAUUCCCAUUGAGAUCAAAAGCAUCGACGACACGUCCAACUUUGACGAGUUCCCAGACUCUGAUAUCCUCCAGCCGACAGCUGCCCCUGUGGUGUCCAACCAUUCUGAGGCAGACCUCAAGAACAAGGACUGGGUCUUCAUCAACUACACCUACAAGCGCUUUGAAGGCCUCACAGCCCGAGGGGCUAUCCCCUCCUACAUGAAGACGGGGAAGAGAUGAAUCCUUCCUUUGUUUCCUCACUCACUCACUCUACCUGCCCCUCAGACUGGCAUUCAAAUGGAAUUCCCCAUGGAUCCCAACGUCCACUCCUCUCCCAAACUCCAUUUUGGAGGUAGAAACUAAAUGACCCUAUUCAAGCUUGUUGAAGGGGUCCCUCAUAAUUGAGACUAUCCCAUGUGUCUGAUCCUGCUGUAGGGACCUUUCUCCUUCCUUUGCAGGGGACUUGUAGGGCUCUGUGUACUGUGUAGAGAAGUGUGACCUACUCCAACUCGAGUUUGUCUAUCUAAAAAAGCCAUAGUGUUGUGCUGGAAGGUAUGGACAGUGAUUGUUUUCUAUGUGAAAACUCACAUGCCAUUCCACCCCAGGAUUAAAGUUCCCAGUGUAGGAUCCACCAAUGAGCAGUCUUGGAGGUGUUGAUAUGACCUUAGUUUGGGGACCAUCUCUCGUAGAUCUCCACUAGCAUCGGUCCAACUCGGCCAAGACUGAUUCUCUAUCCUUCAGUAUCCCAAGGGACUGAACCAAGAUACCAGCAUAACCGGUCACCUUAGGGGCCAGAGCCCAUUUUCACAUCAGAAGAACACACUUGACUGGCUAUUACCAGCCUUCUUCACUUCUUCCUCCACAAACAGACAUUGAAGUCUUAAAGUUUAGCUGGGCGACCACCAGCAUGGGACUAGGAUCCAAUAUGCCUCACUUUUCUGUCAAAGGGCUAGCUUUUCUCUCUUCAGUUUCUUUCUUUUUCCCACACACACACAAUAGAAUUCCAUCUUUUUAGAAAUGAGUUCUGCCAUUAAAAACAUUAGAAAUAGUGUAAUUUGACAAACUAAUGAUGCUUUUCAGGGAAUAUAUGUCAAUGUUUUUCAUGUGUUUUUAGAGAGCUCUCUACUGAAGCAUCUUGGAUGAUGGUGUUUCGGACCGGUUGCCUGUUGCAACAAGGCAACUCCUAACCAAAAAUAAUGAGAGCUGAGAGUAAUUGUUGUAACUCUUCAGUCUAAUUUGAGGGUUUCAAUGGAAUUACUUUGUCUCCAUUUAAUUGUCACUUCCCUACUGCCAAUGGUGGAGCUGUUACAUGGACUUUGGCAAGUGUUUAUAGCAAUAGAAUCGCCUCUUGAAUAUGAUUAUAUUUGAAAUGGAACUACCCCUUCCAGAAGCCCACCUUUUUAGGGUCUUAGUUUAGGUUCUUAGUUUGACAAUCACCCACUGUUAAUAUUAGCACCUUCAUGCUCUCCUUCAACUCAUUUGAUUUACCAAUACUCGUGGAUAUGCAUGUCCUUUAGCUAGAGAGCAAAAUCAAAUACAAAAAUAUGUUGAAUGUACUGAUUGAAUGCUAAAAUUUGGUGCAUGUACCAACCAUUAUUUAUGGUACUUUUCCAUGGACCUUUGGGGUAGGGGAGCUAUAAGUAAGGUCAAGAUAUUGAUACUCUUAUCUUUCCUUCUCUUAUUUUGUCCUGACCACUGGUCUGUAAGGGCUUGGUAGGUGAGGUGGUAGAGCAAGUUUGUUCAGCGGAUAUGUAAGUAACAGAAUAGAAGAAUAGGAGUAGCAUUUAGAGUAUUGAGACACACUCAGGCUCUGUGACCCUGGGUUAGGGUCAUUAACACACUUUUUCCACUUCCUGUCAUAUCUAUAGUUCUGUCUCUUCCUGUUGCUUGGCUAUUUCUUAGCAAGAAUAGUUUAAACAUUACAUUUGUCUGACGUUUGGUGUCAAGGAUAUGCCACCUGGUAUGUCCUUACUUUUCAAGAGGCUAAGAGGUGUGAGUGAGAAACUCGACCGUAACUCUGUAAACAGGGCUAUAUAUGACUCUCUGUUCUUAACACAAUCCCAAAUGCUGUCAUUUGAAUCGAAUGUAAUCCCAAGGUGUAGUUGAAGAUUAAUUUAAUGCCAUGUUGUUUCCAAAAUGCUGUAAUUUGAACGGAAUGUAGCCUAAACCACAGGAGUGGUAGGUUUGUCACACGGUGAAGAUGUCUGGUAUUUUGUUAAAUAUCUGUACGGUGUUCUGGGUAGUUCAGACUACUUGCUGAGAUUUAAUAUCCAGACUUUUUUUUGUAGUUUUUACGACUGAGCGACAGAACUGAUUUUGAGACUGGUCUCACCUUUUACUGAUGCUUGGUGCCCGAAUGAUCCUGUGGUAAUGCCGGGUUUAAAAGGUAUUGGGCGGAUGACUUGGCAAAGUGCGAAUAACGUUUUGGAAUAUUUGUAUUUUAAAUGUAUGCUGCUUGGUGUGUGAGAUUUGCAUGUCUUUAGAGGAAUGGGUGAUGUGCUCAGUAAAAAUAAGAUGCUGGAAUAUGUUGUGCUCGAUUAACCAACACUGAUAAGGUGGGUGCUCUUUUGUAGAUGUCAUCCAGCUGUGUGUGCCUGCUGUUAUUUCCCCCAGGCACACAAGGUGUGGGAAACAGGAUGUACAAACCUUUUUAUAGGGAACAUUCAAUCAAAAGUAGGGGGAGUUGUAUUUAAUCCACUGUGGUGUGGGUGUUUCUAUUGUAUAUUUUCUGCCAUUUCACAUUGAAUAACUGCACUUAAUGUCUGUGGUGUUUCCGUUUGUACAGCAAAAUAAUGGGCCGCUCUGAAAUCUCUUUGUUUUGAUGGGUGAGGGAAUGUCAUUUCACUGGUUGAAUGGGCAAGCUAGCCAUAUGCAGGAGUUACAUUUUCUUCUGGAAAUUGUUUUAUCUGACAAACUAAAUUAGAUGGAAUUUUUACAUUUACAUUUAAGUCAUUUAGCAGACGCUCUUAUCCAGAGCGACUUACAAAUGGAAUAAUGUAAAUGGUGAAGAACGGUCUUAAUUAAAUAUUCAAACAUCCCUUGCUCCUCAAGACUCAUUAACACCCCUUCGCCAAGAGCAAUGUUUUCAUCCAAACGGGAGAAGGGUGAGGUUGUCUUUUUUGUGUUUUUUUGUUGUUGACCAAAGCGAACCCUACACCACAAACGGGGCUAGGAGUAAAGUUCGCAGGACCCACCAGUUUCUCAAACCCCAUCAUGUAAAGGCACCCAGGCAUUGCUCUGUCAUCUCUCAAUAGUGCAAAGCAGUUCUUACAGGGCUGUUGUCAUGCAUGCAACCAUUUUAAACAGCGUAAACUAGUCUUUGUGUAAUAGAUGGCACAUUCCACCUGUGAAAACUAACAUGGUUUUCAGAGAAUUGUUCAGUGUUCCUCAAAGGUGCUACUAGGCAGUAUCUCUGGUUAGACUUGGAAGCUAGUAGCCUACUACUAUAGAGGCUUAGAAACUACAUGGUUGAGAUGUGCAUUUCACCAUGUAUCCUUUCAGUAUGUUAACCCACUGUUAAGGCAGAAAGUGGCUAAAUUGUGUGCGUAUUGGUUCUCCAGUUAGUUCAAAGGGCACAUUUUAUUUUGCCAGUUAAUGGCAGACCGCUUGUUUCACUUCUGGUAGAAAUACUCACCUCCGCUAUUAUGGUGGUAGACUUUUAACAGCAUUAAAUAAAACACCUAGGACUAUGUUGAA